AUGACGCUCUUUAAUCCGACGACCGUCCUCGUGGGUUUCCUCCUCCUCUACCUUUCCUCGUUCCUUAUCUUCGCCAUCGUUCGAAUCGCAACGGGAGUUUCUAUUCAGCGAAUCGGCUAUUUUUCCCUCCGCCGCAUUGCCUAUGUUCCGAGAGAAGGGAUACAAAUCGAACUUCGUGGCUUGGGAUUAUCUCUACAUCCUCCGUCGUUCGCGCAACCGACAUGGCUGAGUCUUCGCUUGACGGAACUGAAGGUGACCGUGAACCCUUCGGCUUUGGGCAAGGGGGGUAAUAGCAACACAGCAAAGGCGGAUGUGCCUGAGCCUCAAAGCUCUUCGGACGUGGGGGAUACUUCGCAGGAUGGAGGGGAGAGCAGCCCAGCACGAGCUCGGCGGAGCAAGACGUGGAAGACACUCACACGGAUGAAGGAGCAGGUCAAGAGACUACACAGAAAGAUACAUUGGCUCAGUUUGGUGGACGUCGUUGCGGUGAAUACGACGAUCAACUUCCUCGAAGCCGGCCAAUUCCAGAUAGGAUCGCUCUCGUUGGCGGUGGACACCAGGCGGAAGAUGGUGGACCGGGCAAAGGUGUUUCGCCGAAAGAAGGAUGAGUCUGGUGAACUAUGCCCGGCCGAAUGGAUCAUGAACGUGCAAAACGUCCUUCUCGCGGUCGAUGGCAACGAGCCGGCUGAGGUUCUGGAUCACGUCCAGGUCAAUAUCCACGGACUUCUCCAUAGCGACCGCGACGGACUCAGGGAUACCUCUAUUGCACUGAAAAUCGGAAGACUCCAUAUUCCAUACGAUGAAUUGGCCACUGUCUCGCAACGGAUUAAGCAGUUCCGGCGGUCGAGGAAGGACCCUAUCGUCAAUGACACGGAUGACGAGAUAUCGUUUGCCGACUUUGUCGAGGAGUUGGACAGACCCGGUAGUCGUGACGAUGUGAUUGUGCGAACGGUCGCUGAUUCAAAAGAAUUUGCAAGCUCCCUUCUACGUGGCAUUCGGGAAAUUCAACUGGCUUUGAGUUUCUUCAGACUGUCUCGCAUUGUCCAGCCGUCUUCUGCGGGGCAGAAAUCGGUCUACUUGAACGUCAUAUCCCAUGAAAUCGGCGUUGACCUGCAUCGCAUGGACCAAAGGAGUCCCGCACAUCGCAUGUAUUUUCAGCGGGACGACGUCGCACAUCAGGCUCUUCUGGCCGCCAUAUCUCUCUCAGUAAGCUUGGACGAUAGCUCGGGCGAGACGGACAACAUCGUAUACAUCCCUAUGGCUACUACAACAAUCAAGACUACGCUUCCUUCCAAAACCGUUGGCUCUUUCGAUGAUCAUAAUGCAGAGGAGCGCAACACAAAUAUCCUCUUUGCCAAUUUUGUCGUUACCUCGCCCUCUCUCGAUCUAGAACCGCACCAUCUUGACCGACUUCUCGGUCUGGUUCAAACCCGAGCAUCCUCCUCGCACGGAAAGAAGCGCGACAAUCAUCGACUGAUUUCUCGGCUGCUCCCGAAAGCCAAUAUUAAGCUGUCCGUGCAUGAGCCUGUCGUUCGACUCGUCCUCCCCAUAACUAAAGAAUCAGCCGGCUCUGAUGAUGACUAUAAUCUUCUAAUCUCCUCUAUAUCCGCUAUAGCUCUCGAUAUAGAUUCUUCGCACUCGUCAGAAGGUGGAGUACAUUAUUCUCUCUCGUCAGUUUAUCGGGUCGCAGAUCACAAGCUGUACUAUCAGACCCCAACCGGGGUCAAGCACAAUCUGCUGACCACAGAGACCCUGGAACUCAAGGUCCUCCUCAACGCGUCGCCAGAGGUGUGCGUGAUCGCUACGGGGACACUGAACACAUGUUCUGCCCACAUGGUCAAUGGUGAGGUCAAUCGCGGCAUCCGCCAGGUUGUUGAGCAAUUUCGAGCCCAGAUGCAGAACAGGAGGAGGGCCUCGAUGGCACGCCAAGAAAGGAAACCGAGCAUACUAAGGCGUAUCCCGCCAUGGUUACUCAAUUUUCAGUUUGAGGCCACGGGUCUCAGUUUGGAAAUCGCCGGAGUGGACAGUACCGUCUCAAAGCUUUCCCGGGGAGUUUCAUUACAGCUGCAAUCAUGGACUGCAGAAUACAGAGCCCAAAAAGCCGAACCGACUCACAUCAGCCUCGUACGGCGACGCACCCCAAGUCACUCCACCAUUGGUGACGAAUCGCCGUUUCGAUUUCCUCCAACAUCACCGCCCAGACAAAUUCAACAUGGUGCUGCGGAUGGGAGACGGCUGGCUUUUCACGCCCGUGGCUUCGAAGGCUUUGUGAUUGAAUCUGAAGACUACUUGGAGCCUGAGCCGUUCUUCUCACUUCCCCGAUUUGAGGUUGCACUGAGCACCCAAAGUGACCGUCUUGGUCCUAUCUUCCAUAUUAACUCGGUUCUGAAGGGUGUCUAUUUGCAGUAUUCACUUUAUCGCUAUUACUGUCUUGGAGUGGCGGUGUCUGUUAUUCAGGAUGCAUUCAUUCAACACCCUACAGAAGCACCAACCGAGCCACCGUUCGAAUGGCAUCCGAAGGAUUCUGCAACCUCUCCCUCUGUUCCACGGCCACCGCUCAAACGGAGUGAGCUCAUCACGGUGGAUAUCAGAGCUACAGUCGUUCAAGUCAAAACUUUCCUACCUGCCGACCCUCCAAUGCUGCUACAGAUAUAUGGAUUGGCGGCUGGGUCUCACCGUCUGUCGUCUCCCUACGUAAAGGCGCAGCUGAUUCGCUUACAUGCCGAAGCUCCCAAGCUCAAGGGUGUUUGGGCUAGAAUUAUCAGCAUGAAUAACGUCAAGGUUGACCUGCGCAAGUUCAAACUAAAGCAGGGCUCUAAUUUAGUCGAGGAGAAGUCAAUAGACGUCUGGACCGACUUUAUCCGCAUAGGUGUCCCUCAUCACAUGAUCAUGCAUCGUGUCUUCGACAACUGGGUCAACACUGCUAAAGCUCUUAAGCAGCUCCAUCAUCGCUUCAAGAACCGUUCAUCAGAAUUCAUUUCGGCAAGGGAUCCAGAAGCCCCAAAGAAGGUUCCACGGAUCUCGCUGCGGAGUAAAGCUCUAUUAUUCGAGCUAGAAGAUGAUGCUUUCGAGUGGAAACUAGGUUGCAUCUAUCGGACGGGUCUACUUGAGCAGCGACAACGGUUAGCGCGAGAGGAGGCGUUUGAGCUCAAGAUUCAGAAAAUCAGGGAGUCAGGACAGCGUCGGGCCUCAUCCAGGUUGAGAACAAGGUCCAGCCAUCGGACACUUCGCAGCGAACGGACAAGCCAUGACACGAAGAGGAGCAAAAGUGCUGAUCCGAAGCCUCGCGGCCAUGCUAACGAUACGAAGGGCGGACGAGGGAGGAGAUUCCGGUAUGAUACGGAGGGCUCGGCUUGCCUGUCUUCCGAUUCCAAAAUCUCGGAGGAAAAGGCUUGGUUCCGUCUCCAAGAACACAAUGCUCGAUCUUGGAAGCAGAAGAUUGACGCGGCUUUUCGCUUUCAAGGCAGCUCCAUCAAGGAAAUUCGGAAUCUCUUCUCUGGAGCCGAUGAGCCGCCUGAUGAUGCCACUGUAACCGAGAAAAUUCUCGCCUUUCCAAACAGGCCUGGUAUCAUGUCAGCCUUGAUAACUGACCUCAGUCUAGUCAUAGACAAACCGUCCUUCCCUAUUGAAGAGUUCCCGUCGUUUCUCCAUAGGCUUGGAAAGGGAAUCCCUCUAUCCACACAAUACGCUUUGCUCGUUCCAAUGAGCUUCCACCUGAACAUGGGCGAAGCUCGAGUCAACCUGAGAGACUACCCCUUGGACUUGUUACAUAUACCUGCCUUACGACCGGGCCAGUCUCCCAGACUCUCAAGUUGGUCGUUGCGAACGGAUUUUGUUAUAGCCGAAGAAUACCGCGACUACAGGUCGUCGAGAAAGGUACAGCUGGAACUCGUUCCAUCAACCGAACUUUCGGAUGGAACCACGAGUCCUCCCUUCUUGAUUGAUGUGUGGCGAUCUGUGUCUCCUGUCAAGACUUACUCCGACCCUACCAUCGAAAUCAAUACUAGUCUCCCGACAAGCAUCUCCUGGGGUAUGUCAUAUCAGCCUGUGAUUCAGGACAUGAUGAAAAUCAUAGAAGGCUUCACGAAGACUGAGAUAGAUGCGUCUGAAAGAGUUGGAUUCUGGGACAAGAUCCGUCUAAGUUUCCAUUCGCGCAUACGAGUUCUAUGGAAGGAGGACGGCGACGUUCACCUGCGCCUUAAAGGCUCUAGGGAUCCAUAUGUGGUAACUGGCUUCGGAGGCGGCUUCGUCAUGUGCUGGAGGAAAGACGUAAAAUGGGAAAUCCACACCAGCGACGAUCCGAAGGAAUUCAUGAGUGUUACAAGUGGGGAAUAUGUGCUGGCGAUCCCAGACUACAGCAACGAGGCUCGAUACGCACAAGAGGCCACCGCGCAGGACUUGGAGAGCAGUUCUUCUUCAAGCGAUUUCAAGAACGCAACACUUUUCAAGAAGGUUGUGAUGAAAUUGUCGGGCGACGUCCGAUUAGUUGCUGGCUUGGUCUUUGAACGUAACAUAGACGGGGACAAGCGGUCGUUUGAGUUCAAACCGCAUUACGAUGUGGUCCUUCGAAAUCCGGAAUUUAUCGAUCCAGAGGAGCGAAAGGCAUGUACAAUUUAUCUUCUGGUGAUUUUUCUGUCUAACUUUUCAUCACAGGACUACGACGCCUAUCGUGGGUUCCGCAGCAACCACAUCCACUUGUCCAUCUCGGUCGUUGCACCUGUGAGCAGGAACUGGGAUGUUGACCAUCUUCAGCCCUCAGCAAGCUACAACGCCGUUCACUUGAGUCCGCGAUUCUUCACGCACUUCUUCAACUGGUGGUCUCUAUUCUCGGGUGUGAUGUCUCUCCCAGUCCGCCAGGGUCCUCUUUGGCCUGGUAUCACCAAAACCAGCAAGAAGUUCAAUCGCCAUCUUGCUACUGUCAAGUACAAACUGCUCCUCGCGCCUCUAUUUGUGGCUCACAUCUACAAGCACAAGGACCGUGAGGAUUAUGCGGAAGAUGUGGUCACAGCAACAGGGCUGAAGGUUCGUCUGGACAGUUUGAAGCUCGAUGUCCAUCAGCGGCGGGAGCAGAUCAAGACGGUAGCAAAGGGUCGCCUGAAGCAAACAAAGUCAAGCGCCAUGCGGAUCAACCAAGGCCAAUUGGAUUUGCAGGCGGCCGAUUUCAGAGCCGUCUCAGUUAGUAUUGAAGGAACGAAUCUCGAUGACAUACAGAAGAACCGGGACGAUAUUAUAUCUUCCUUCCAGCAGCCAGUUCCCUCGGUUGAUUUAUCACGAUUCACUAUCCCAGACCAGAACCUUGAUUGGGUUGAUAUGGAUGACUUUGUUGAGCUUGAUUGGAUACUACCUCAAGAGUCCAACCCGAAAACACAUAUACUUCCUCUUGCGUUCACCCCACGUUUUACCUACUUUCGCCAGACUGACCAUGGCGAUAUAACGCCGGAUCAAACAGGGUACAGCCCAUUCGGGCAUGAGCCCACUCACGACUGCGUUAUGUCCGAGAGUAACGAACCUCGUCGGGUACAAAUGGAACUGAUCAGGGAUCGCCUCGCCACCGUUGAAGCACAAAUACGGAACUUCGAUCGUCAGAUUGGGGAGCAGGAGCUUCGUAUGGCAAAGGAUGUCGACCAUCAUUCCGAACUUAAAAAGGAGCACGAUGACUUUGUCAGACAGUCUGAAUCGCUUGCUCGGAGACGUGCCUUCCUUGUGACUGGGCUUCGUCGCCUUGAAGUGCAACUUGCACGUGAAGAGAAAACCCCAAUGGACAAGAAGCCUGAAAAUUUCGCGAGCGACAGCUCGUUCCGUCUUGGUGCCGACUCCGAUUCAACAAACGAUGGCAAAGAAGCGGAUCUCGACGGCUUGUACUCGUCGCGCAACGAUGAAUACGCUAGCGACUUCAACAACCGCUUCUUGAUCCACAACAUGCAAUUGAAGUGGAACAACUCACUCCGCAACAUUAUACUGCGCUAUAUUCAUCAAGUGAGCCAAAGACGAGGUUUCGUGUACUACAUGUCCCGCAGAGCCGUCAAAUUCAUUCUCGACAUUGUCGAAGAACAGAACAAAAACAACCAAAGACGAUCCAAAAUGUUCAAGGGCUCGUCGAGACGGCCAUCGAAUGCGGACACAGACGAAGACAGUGUGGAGGAUCGUAUCGAACAACUUCUGAAUGAUACCAAACGCUUUGUCAGUGCUGAUGAACAGGAAAGCGUUGACUCGGGUACCCAGACCCAGCCAGAUUCUGACAGCUCUAGCGAGAAUAUAUCGCCUGAGUUCACUCCACAGAAUAGUUACUACUUACGGUUGAUUGCGCCGCAGAUCCAGCUUCAGAGCGAGAAAAAUCAGAAGUCAGUCUUGUUGGUGGCCGCGAGUGGAAUGCAACUGAAGGUGAUUUCAAUCAUGGACAAAGAACGUGUUUCAGACGAUGUCAGCGGUUUGGUGCAGCGCCGCUUCUCCCUUGACAUGGAUGGUGCUCAGUUCUUCGUUGCAACUCAGAAGAAUCUGAUGAAUCACUUGCAGUUCUAUGCCGGUAAUAAGUAUGGUAACGCUCCGGGAUCGGCAUGGCCACCUUGGGUAACGCUCGAAGCCAUGUUUGACUUUGAGCUGAAUCCUUUCGGCUUCUCGAGAAUUAUCCAGAAGACUUCUGCCAGCUUGAGAUACGACAAAUACAACAACCUGCGUCUGAAGUACAAUGAAGAAGUGGCAAAAGGGCAAUCCAAGCACGUCGGUCCAGAUGGUCAAGAGACUAGGAUGGAUCAUAUUAGUGUUGACUUUCCUCACUUUCGCGCUAUUUGUGACUCGGCUGAGUAUUACUCAAUGUACAUCAUCGUGCUGGAUCUCCUGCUCUAUAGCGAACCGCUGGAGAAGGUCAGAAACGAACGUCUGGAACGCAUACUUCUCACUUCGGAUUUCAGCGACCUGAGAGGUGCUCCGGAGAUGGUGUUCAAGCUGCAGUCCCGCAUCCGUCAACUAGAGGAGAUCAAAGAGCAUUUCCAGAUCAACGCCAAGUACCUGGACAAGCAUGGCUGGGAAGACCGGCUGGUGCUGGAAAAGGAUCUGGCUCAAUGCGAAGACGAGUUAUUCUUCUUGAUGAAAGCCAUCACGACAUCUCAAAGACGGAUCGAGCCGACAACGUCUGGAGCAAAUGGAAUUCUGAGAUGGAACAUCUCUGCAUCCGAGGUAGUAUGGCAUCUUAUGAUGGACCAGUCUCAGCCUUUGGUCGAAUUCCAGCUACGGAAUGCCGAGUAUGAUCGCACGGACAAUAGUGAUGGCUCGAAUCACAAUCUCGUGGCAGUUGAACGGAUAUACGGCUUGAACCUUCUGCCGGACGCCAUCUACCCUCAAAUCAUCGUUCCGUAUCUUGACCAGGCCAAGAACCUGGACGAACCCGAUGAAAAUAUGAUUAGGGUCAAAUGGCACAUGUUGGAAGCUGUUGGCGGGAUUCCCGUCCUCGAUGACUUCGAGGUGUCGCUGUUCCCGCUCAAGAUACAACUGGAGCGCGAGCUUGGUCAAAGGGUGUUUGAGUAUAUCUUUCCGAAUGUUCGCUCCAAUGGGUUCGAUGGCGGUUUCUCACCUUUCAUGAUCAAGAACAUGAAACCUUUGGAUGCCUCGGAAUCGGAAGAAGACGAUGAUAGCCCAUCUCCGCCUCCAAGCGCGCAAGGCACAAGCGACAUCUCAACCGAGGACCUUUCAGGGUCCAAAGGACCCGGCGCUAUUGAGCUCAGGUUGCAACCCACGCUUUCGCUGGCAGACGAAACGAGACCUCGUUCGCGUCACAGUUCGUAUAACCUUAAGGGUCUUGGCAUGACGGCGAUACACAAGAAAGAGCAGCAGGGCAGCAAUCGUCUGGGAGUAUCCCAAUCAGACCGUCCAGCAACGAGUGCUAGUUCAUUGAGCAAGAAGAAGUCAGUUGAGAGCAUGCGAAUGCUGUCCAGACAGCCUACAGACAAGUCAUUCGCCAAUGGCUCGACCGCCAACGUCGGGGAAGAUAAAGGCAAGAAAUUUACCCUGAUACCGAACAAGAGCGGUAAAUCCAAGGAAGCGCAAGACGAUCUAUCGCAGAUGAUGUCUCGCGCAUCUUCCUAUAUGACCCUUGCUCACGUGAAGGUGAACGAUGUCGUACUUUGUUUGAGUUACAAAGGCAAAGGAGAGCACAACCUCGAGGACAUCCAUGACUUUGUCUUCCGACUUCCUGUUCUAGAAUACCGGAACAAGACAUGGUCCAAUUUGGAUUUGGCUCUGCGACUGAAGAAGGAUGUCAUCAAGGCUUUGAUCUCUCACGCACCCGCGAUACUUGGCAACAAAUUUUCUCAUCAUCGACCUUCAAAGCAACAACUGAAACGCUAUCGCGAGCUUGCCAGUUCAUCUCAGCUACUUCAGAACCCGGACAGUGCAUCAAAUGCCCCGUCGGGCCAAACCCAGAGCCUAGCGAGUUAUGACUCGAACAGCGAACAUUCGGAGUCAACGUCUCAACGCUCAGUUCACUCAGGAACCUCCCCACUCGCGCGAUCACAAUCCUUAGGCUCAAGUAUGCUUAGCGUCCAGGAUCAAGGCACACCAUUUGACUCACGCUCUGCGAGUGAAGUGGAUGUCGAUGCUCGCUGGGAGGUAUGUCUCUACAAUGUCGUACGAAUUUAG